UGUUGUUUGUCAUUUAACAAAAAUAGACAUCAAUUAAAAAUUAUUUUAGUGUUUUUUUGUGCAAAAUUGUUCUCAAAAAUGGGAUUUUCUCCAGUUCCUGCAGAAAUUAAACCCGUGGCUCAUUUGAUGAAGCUUGCUGAUGAACAUGAUGCUCGAAAUCUUGUUGUUGCUUAUUGGGCACGCAUGGCAGCCUGUCGUUUAGCUUUAAAAAUGGUCCCAGAUAAGAAAUCACCAGAAACAACAGUUUUGUUAGGUGAGAUUUUGAGCUGGUUAGAGACUACUAAAAAGGAAAAUAAAGACAAUGAUGGGAUACGGAAUGACACAGCUGCACAAGCAAUUAUAGAAGAGUAUGCUUUACAAAUGUUUGCACAUGCUGAAAAACAGGAUGCCGAAGAGAUUUUCAAUAAAAAUACUGUGAAGACAUUUUACACAGCAGGAAUGCUAUUUGAUGUAUUGGAACAGUUCGGUUUGUCCGAGGACUUUCAUGAAAAACAAAAAUACGCCAAAUGGAAGGCAGCAUACAUUCAUAAUUGUCUUAAGAGUGGAGAGAGACCUCUUCCAGGACCCCCUAAUUCUGGGUCUGAUCAGGAUAAGUUGGUGCAUAUUAGCGAAUUACCGGAAGAAGAACAACAAAGGCUUUUAGAAGAAAAACGUCGCAAUCAGGAAGAAGAAGAGAGAAGACGUAGACAAGAAGAAGAAGAUGAUUUAAAACAAUUAAAUGCUUUUGGAAAUGUCACUCCAGGAGCUUCAGACAGUGGAACUCCAUCAAACAUACCUGAUUGGUCUAGCUUUCCCAAUCAAAAUGGACAAGAAUCUGGUUUCCAAUUCCCAAAAUAUUCCCCGGUUAGUCCAAGCAUACCACAGAAUCCAGGUUCUGUAACUCCUGUGGUUCCAAGCACUCCACAGCCUUUACCUCAACCAAGCACUUAUAAUUUACCACCGACAAGUGACAGCAGUGGUCCUCAGGUGUCACUGACAUCCGAACAGAUCCACAAAGCACAGAAAUACAGCAAGUUUGCUACCAGCGCUUUGAACUAUGACGAUGUCAAAACAGCUGUUGAAAACUUACAAAAAGCUUUGAAUUUGUUAAAGUUUGGUAGAGAAUAAAAAAUGUAAUAUAUUGUGUGAUAUAUAAGUUAAAAUCUUAAGUUUUGUUUAUUUAAAGUUCUUUAAUAGUAAAAAAAUAAUAUAGUUAC